UCUAAACUUCUAGCAUCUGCUGUACGCACUUCCAUAAAUCCCCCAAAACUAUACAAUUUUAUGGCUGCGAGAUUUGAUUUUACCAUACGUUCGAUUCCGGCAACUCCGAUAUUAAUAUAACCAUGGCGAUAACUACCCCAUUCCAGACGCUAUUUGCCGUCCCUAUGACCUGUGAGAGCUGUGUCCAGGACGUGUCUGGCUCGCUGCACAAGCUUGAGGGAAUUACAAAAGUUAAUGCAAAUUUAAAAGACCAAUUAAUAUCCAUCGAGGGAACUGCUGCGCCAUCUGCAAUUGUUUCAGCGAUCCAGGGAACAGGGAGAGAUGCCAUUCUACGGGGCACUGGGACUACAGACGGCUCUGCUGUGUGUAUCCUCGAGACUCAUUCGCAGCAACUAUCUGACAAGGUGAAGGGGCUUAUAAGGAUGGUGCAGGUCUCAAGUUCGUUGACCCUGUUUGACCUCACGAUACGUGGACUGGCGCCCGGAAAGUACGAUGCAACAAUCCGCGAGACUGGCGAUAUUUCGCAAGGCGUCAUAUCGACGGGAGCUAUGUGGAAAGACCCAGUUAAGGAAGGGCCACAGGGAUUAAAGGGCCGUCUGGGAACUGUUAAUGUGGAUGGAAAUGGUUUGGGAAGCGUAUUUAUCGACAAGCCAAUCCAGAUCUGGGAAAUGAUAGGGCGAAGCAUCGUGGUUUCGAGGCAGCACGAUGGAGAGGGGAAGUUUGAGAAGAAUGACGACAACACUCUCGUGGGAGUGAUUGCUCGCAGCCCAGGAGUUUGGGACAACGAUAAGACUGUCUGCUCUUGUUCUGGGAAGACGCUGUGGGAGGAGAGGAAGGAUGAGGUCGGCAAGGGGAUGAUUUAGUGAAAGUUUGCUUCGCAAUAUAUCCCAGACUUGAAAGC